CCAUUUUCGAAUCGAACGCUUGGAAACAAAUUGAGUGCGCGUCGUCGCUGAGUUUUCCGCGUUUUCCUCCGAUUUUCGCGUGUGUGCAAGCAACAACAACCACAACAACUCUAAAAUAUUGCUACAAAAUAAAUAGAAAAUACUAAGUUUAAGUUGUUCUUCUUCGUUUUUAAAUCCCAUUCAAAAUCUCAUGUGCAAUAAAUAACAAAUAUUAUAAUAUAAAUAAAAAAACAUUUACCAACGCAAUGGAGCGUUGCAACAACAACAACUGCAGCAGCUAGAAGAAGCUACAAGAAGCAGUUACCAUUGGAAGAAACAUAUUUUUGCUAACGAAAGUCGGAAGUAGCUAUAGCGCCCCCAAAAAAACGAGGAAAACUAGCAGAUAAAACAUAAACGAAGUGACAAUAUGAGGCGAAAAACGGCCAUGACGGAGACGGCAAUAGUCGAAAGCAGGUGUGCGAGGAGAGCGGCGCUAAAUAUUUGGCACUUAUUUCUUAUCGUUCUUGUGGCGCUAAGUUCCACGAUUUUGGCCGACGAAUCGAUUGACACGCGUGAGAAUGCCGACUUAACCCUAAAGUGCCGGUUUAAUGACAAAUAUGAGGCGAAUGACUUUUCGUUUUUCUGGACCCGCUGGACAGCAAAUCCCGCCCAAUUCGAUAAUGUGGCCAUCGGCGAUGUGCAGUUGAGUUCCGGAUAUAGACUCGACUUUCAACCGAAGCAUGGCAUUUACGAUCUGCAGAUCAAGAAUGUGUCCUACAAUCGGGAUAAUGGACGCUUCGAGUGCCGCAUCAAGGCCAAGGGAACGGGUGCGGAUGUACAUCAGGAGUUCCACAACCUCACUGUCCUCACACCACCUCACCCACCUGUGAUCUCGCCCGGAAAUUUAGCUGUGGCCACCGAAGAUAAGCCCAUGGAGCUCACAUGUACCAGCAUCGGCGGUUCCCCCGAUCCCACCAUAACAUGGUAUCGCGAGGGUUCCAAUUCUCCCCUGCCAGCUACUGUUUUAAAGGGCGGAACUAAGGACCAGCCCACCAAUGCAACACUAUCCAUUAUCCCAAGAAGGGAAGAUGAUGGUGCCAAGUACAAGUGUGUAGUCAGAAAUCGUGCCAUGAACGAGGGAAAACGAUUGGAGGCGACUGCCACCUUGAAUGUUAACUAUUACCCCAGAGUCGAGGUUGGACCCGACAAUCCUUUGCGGGUGGAACGUGACCGGACUGCCAAGUUGGAGUGUAACGUGGAUGCGAAGCCGAAGGUUCCCAAUGUCCGUUGGAAUCGCAAUGGGCGGUUCAUCAGCUCCUCAUUAGUUCACACGAUCCAUCGAGUGAGCGUUCAAGAUGCUGGCAAGUACACCUGCAUUGCGGAUAAUGGACUUGGUAAGACCGGGGAACAGGAGCUGAUACUGGAUAUCCUAUAUCCCCCGAUGGUGGUCAUAGAGUCCAAGACCCGGGAGGCCGAGGAGGGCGAUACUGUGACGAUUCGCUGCAAUGUGACGGCCAAUCCUGCUCCAGUGACCAUCGAAUGGCUGAAGGAGAAGAGUCCCGACUUUCGCUACAAUGGCGAAGUACUAACCCUGACCUCAGUGCGAGCCGAUCAUGCCGGAACCUAUAUCUGCCGAGCUGUCAACAUAAUGCAGAGCCAGGGGAUGGAGCGCAGUGAGCGAGUGGGAAACACCACGGUUGCCCUGCUAGUUCGUCACCGACCGGGACAGGCCUAUAUAACGCCCAAUAAGCCAGUGGUUCAUGUGGGCAACGGUGUUACCCUGACCUGCUCCGCCAAUCCGCCAGGGUGGCCAGUACCUCAGUACAGAUGGUUCCGGGAUAUGGAUGGGGAGUUCUCCAGCACGCAGAAAAUCCUCGCCCAAGGCCCCCAGUACUCCAUACCCAAAGCUCAUUUGGGCAACGAGGGAAAGUACCAUUGUCAUGCGGUGAAUGAGCUGGGAAUCGGCAUGAUGGCCACCAUCGACUUGGAGAUCCAUCAGCCCCCGCAAUUCCUGGCUAAGCUGCAGCAGCACAUGACGAGGAGAGUGGCCGAUACGGAUUAUACGGUCACCUGCAGUGCCAAGGGCAAACCAGCACCCAGUGUUAAGUGGCUCAAGGAUGCUAUGGAAAUCCUGCCCGAGGAAAAUCUAUACGAAGUGCAAACGAAUCCCGAUCAGGGCCUUAACGGAAUGGUCACCGUGCAGAGUCAACUGAAGUUCAGGGGCAAGGCCAGGCCAAAUGGCAAUGCUCUGGUGCCCGGAGAUCGUGGUCUGUACACCUGUCUGUACCAAAACGAAGUGAACUCGGCCAACUCUUCGAUGCAACUGAGGAUAGAGCACGAACCCAUUGUCCUGCAUCAGUACAAUAAGGUGGCCUUUGACAUCAGGGAGACAGCCGAGGUUGUUUGCAAAGUUCAGGCCUAUCCCAAGCCCGAGUUCCAAUGGCAGUUUGGCAACAACCCCUCGCCCUUGACCAUGUCUUCGGAUGGUCAUUACGAGAUUAGUACCACCACCGAUAACAAUGACAUCUACACCUCUGUGCUGAAGAUCAACUCGCUGACGCACUCGGAUUAUGGGGAGUACACCUGCCGCGUGGCCAACACAUUGGAUACGAUUCGAGCCCCCAUUAGAUUGCAGCAGAAGGGACCGCCGGAGAAGCCCACAAACCUGAGGGCCACCGAUGUGGGCCACAACUACGUGUCGCUGAGCUGGGAUCCCGGAUUCGAUGGUGGCUUGAGCAAGACCAAAUUCUUUGUGAGCUAUCGCCGUGUGGCAAUGCCGAGGGAAGAACAGUUGAUACCAGACUGUGCCACAUUGGCCAACUCGAAUUCGGAGUGGGUGGAAGUGGAUUGCCAGCGGGAUAUUCCCUGCAAAGUAACGUCCCUUGAACAGCAUCAGAGUUAUGCCUUCAAGGUCAAGGCGCUGAAUCCCAAGAGUAAUUCCCCCUACUCGAGUGAAAUUCUGGUCACGACAAAGGUCAGCAGGAUUCCGCCACCUUUGCAGGUGACCUAUGAACCCAGUUCCCGAACUCUGGGCAUCGAUGUGGGAGCCACUUGCCUGUCCUUGGUGGCAGUGGUGGAGUCAAUGGUCAAUGGAGACACCCCAAUGGCAGCCUGGGAAGUGGUGGCCACUCUGGACAACCUCCAGCUGUCCGGAAACGGACCCACCCACAAGGAGAAGGUCAUCGACCGGAUAAUCGGAGCCCGCAGAAUCGGAGGAGGACGUGCUUUGGGUCACACCAUCAGCGAGGACGAGGAUGACAAUGGGCUGAACUCAUUGGCCCUCGAGGAUGACAAUAGUCCCACUGUGCGGGUCAAGUUGUGCCUGAGAACCAAUCCAGAGCACUGUGGCGAUUACACGGAUGCAGAAAUUGGCAGACCGUAUAUAGCGGAGGCUAAUGCCCUGGCCACGCCCACUCUGAUCGCGAUAAUUGUGUCCUGCGUGGUCUUUGCCCUCUUCGCCGGCCUAAUCCUGAUGUUCUGUCGCUGCAAGCGGAAUCAGUCGAAGAAGAGCGCAGCUGCGAAGGAUUACGAGAUGGACUCGGUGCGACCUUCGAUUGUGGCUGCCCAGCAGAACCAGGCCCCGCCCCCUUACUACCCCGCCUCCGGACUGGACAACAAGGCCCUGGAACACUCGAUGGAUCUGGCGUUGAGCAUGGAGGAUCAGAAGACGGCGCUAUAUGCCACCCAAAAUGGAUACAGCUAUCACCCGGGAAGUGGGGUGGUGGGCGUUGGCCUUGGGGGCGGCGUGGUGGGCGUGGGUGUGGGCGGCAGCGUGGUCAGCGGAAUGGGCGGAGUGGUGGGCGUUGGCGGAAUGGGAGGCGGAGGCGUCGGUGUCAAUGGAAUACCAGGUCUCAACGCACACACUAUGCCAGGAAAUGAAUGGGUCAACAUGGGCUACAUGGAGAACAACUACUCCAAUUCGAACAACGGCGGCAGUGUCAACUCGCAGGACUCCCUGUGGCAGGUAAAGAUGUCGGCUGCGGCGGUGGGCAACCAGCAGGGCUUGGUGCAGGCCCCCUUAAAUCAGUAUGUGGAGCAGCAGCCCGCCUAUGGAUACGAUCCGUUGACCCACGGAGGCUACGGGGCGGUGGAUGACUACGCCCCCUAUCCCCACCUGACGGCCACGCCCAGCCAAGUGGGCGAUGAGUACCACAACUUGCGCAAUAGCCAAAAUCCGUCCCGGCAGGACUACUGCAGCGAUCCCUACGCAUCCGUGCAGAAGCCCAAGAAGCGAGUCGAUCAGCAUUUAGAUUCACCAUAUCACGACGUAAGCGGCCUGCCCAAUCCCUACAACAUGGAGCAUUUGGAACAGGACGAGGUCCUGCCGCCGCAGCAGCACAUGUCCCUCAGCUACGACGACAGCUUCGAGGGUGAAUAUUCGACAACGCCGAAUGCCAGAAAUCGUCGCGUCAUACGCGAGAUUAUUGUCUAGGAAAUUCUAGUUCGAAAAUCGGAGAAAUCAGCACUUAAACUAUUCUCUAAACACCACUCACACUCACAAGCUAAAUUCCAUGAUCAUCGACUCCAAACCAACCAUUUUUUUAUUCUCAUUUUUUACUUCCUGCUCGACUGCCAGCAGCAGAUCUUUUGAAAAGUGGCCAUUUUGAAUACUUCUUUUAAUAUAUUACUUCGAUGUAAGCUUAGUUUGAGGAAUACGACGAACGUGUGUUGAGUUUUAUUGGCAACGAAACAUAUACCAUAGCCUAGGCAUUAGAGUUCCGGUCUAUCAUUGCUCUAGUUCAGCACUUUGUUGUCACAACACUCACUGAAAAGAUAGGGAAACACUGAGAGAAAUACAACCCAAAAUACACACGGAUUAAAACCAUCAAUGGACGAGCACUAAAUGUUACGAUUUACCAGGUAACAUAGAGCUAAGUAGUAGUUAAUAUUAAUGGUCAUCUAGGUCCCAGUUGCAACAAACGAACUUUAAACUGUAAGGCGGAAUUUCAGAGGGCAGGCGAUCGAAAACAAAAUCUCACUUUUCACCUAGGCUUAGGCUAAUUAACUCGUAAGUGAUUCUUGUUGGUUCUGUGCAAUAUUCGCGAGCGCAGAUCCACAAAAAGUAAUAUAUAUACAUUAACAGUACGACCUGCCACAAAAAAUCAAGAAAAACCUAAAAAAAAUCGAAACAAAAGGAAACAAAACUUACCUUAAAUUAAUUUUAAAUUUUUAAAUAAAUCUGAGAAAAACUAAAAACGUUGCUUUAAGUAAGUUAUAUGACAAAAAACAAAAAAAAUACUAAAGUACAGAAAACUUUAAAAAAUUAUUGAAAAUAAUUGAAAAAAGAGUAAGGUAAAAAAAAACAAAAAUAAUCCAAAUCCUCCAAUCAUAAAACUUUAAUUUAAUUUACAAAAUUUAGCAACUAACGAAACCAUUAUUUCUGUUUUCCAUUUGUUCAAGCUUUGUGUUGAAAUUCAAAAUUUUAAUUGUAAUUAUCGUUAAGCCAAUUAAGAAACGAUUAAUUAAGUUAUGUUAACCACGCAGACCUAUUGAGUUAUAUAUAAAUGUUUUGUUUGUGCAUUGCGUUGUGUUUUUAAUCCCCUAUAAUGUGUUUUUGCAACUUUUUGACAAUGGCACACACACAAAUCGAGAAACGAGAGGAAAACAUUUUUUGUAGCUAAGACUUAAAUGUAAAUACAUAUGUAAUUUGUAUAUAUUUACUUGACUUGCAAAGUAAAUAAGCAGUAGCGGCAACUUAAAUUAAAUUGUAGUUAAUUUUAAUGAAUUUCGAAAUGAAUUUAACUAGUAAGCAAGUGUUUAAGAGCAAAUGCCACAAAAUAAAGCGAAUAAAACGAAUUAAGAAACCUUAAACAAA